AAACACAUCAAAAAAAAUUAUAAAAAAUAAAAAUAAAUAGUUAAAGCACAAAAUGGACUCUAUACAUUCCCUAUUUCUUUCUCUAAACUUUCUUUCUCAACAUUAUAACCAACCCAACUACAACCUCCUCCUCCUUCUUCUUCUACUACUAGAAAUGUUACUCCAUAACCAGACCGUACACUUACACACGAACCCUCCUCCACUUUUUCAACCUAUUCAUGUUCUCAACUUCUGAAAAACCUUUCUUCUUCCCAAUUUCCAAACAAUGGGCAAAGCUUCAAAAUGGUUUCGAGGUCUCUUUGGCCUCAAAAAAUCCGACUACUCUGCCUCCUCCUCUUCUUCUAGACCCUCCAAAGAGAAACGAAGAUGGAGCUUUGUCAAGUCUGUAAGAGACAAAGACCACAACUUCUCCACCACCACUACUACUCACCCAAGCGACGCCGCAACAAGAUCAACCGUGCGUGACGGAGACCGCGACGGCGAAAAGCACGCCAUUGCAGUCGCUGCUGCUACAGCUGCAGUAGCCGACGCGGCUGUGGCUGCGGCUCAAGCCGCCGCAGCUGUUGUUCGCCUGACUAGCGGUGGCGGUGUCGGUGGCAGUGUUACCACCGCGGCGGUGCACGUUAGUAAGGAGGAGUGGGCCGCUCUUAGGAUUCAAUCGGCAUUUCGAGGCUGCUUGGCAAGAAAAGCAUUACGAGCACUAAAAGGAUUGGUGAAGUUGCAAGCUUUGGUAAGAGGUCACAUUGAGAGGAAAAGAACCGCGGAAUGGCUGAACCGGAUGCAAACUUUGAUGCAAGCGCAGGCACGAGCCAUCGGUAGUCGAUCCGUUCAAGCUUUGGAAUUCCAACAUUCAAGUUGCAAGUCCUCUCAUUUUCAUCAUCCGGGACCAGCUACCCCUGAAAAAUUUGAACAUCAUAUCAGAACAAAGAGUAGAAAACAUGAGCAAUCUUCAUCACUCCUCAGGAAAAACAGCUGUAAAUCAAAUGCAAGAGCAGCUGUUAGUGAUGAAAGAUCAGGAGACCUAAGAAGUUAUUCAGUAAGAAACUCAGUAACAACUGACGACGAAAGGAGCGAUAGAGUUGUCGAAAUAGACAAUGGUAAACCUUACACAACAAUCAAGAGAAGAAACCUCUUUUCAGAUCAAAACAGUCAUAGCUUUACAACCUCAAAAGACUCAACAUCUCACUUCACAGUUCCAAGUCCUUCCUCCUACGAAGUAGUUCAAUCUCUAAACCCGUUGAAGCUUCAAAACGACAAUAAUAACAUGGAAGAAGAAGAGAGCUCCUUCUGCACGGCCAACAACAGCCCACAAUUCUAUUCAGCCACCUCAUCAAAGGGCGGUGGAAUAAGCUCGAGGAAAAGUCUCUUCACUCCAACAAAGAGCGACGGGUGUAGAAGCUUCCUUAAUGGGUACUCGGAUUACCCGAACUACAUGUCGUUUACCGAGUCUUCUAAGGCGAAAGUGAGGUCUCUUAGUGCUCCAAGACAGAGGCCUACUCAGUAUGAACGAUCAAGUUCAACUAAGAGAAACUCCACUGUUCAUCACUGUGUUGGAACACAGAAGAUGUCAACUUUGCAAGCCAAUUUUAUGAACAAGGCUUAUCCAGGAUCUGGUCGAUUGGACAAGCUUGGAAUGCCAAUAGGUUACAGAUACUAAUUAAGAAGAUUUGGCUUUUUUCUAAUUUGACUAACUAAUUUAAGUGUAGUAUUUUGAUAUGUAAUUAUUAAGAUUUUAUGAUAUCAUUCUCUAAGAUUAAAAUUCAGCGACUACCUUAUUCUAGUUUUUGAUUAAUUAGAUAUUUAAUUCAAUGCUGAGUUCAAUGCACUCUUUUACUUAACAGACAAUUGCCUUUUAUGAGAUGUAAUACCGUAGCACUGUAGUGUUACCUAAUAAAUAUGCUCUUUAUUUAUUUAUUAGGGAAUAAA